AUGAAAAUAUCAAGCGGAAAGAAGAGUCUUUUCCAGGUAUUACUAGGGGGAGUGGGGUUAUUUUCGGAUGGAUAUUUGAAUGGGGUAUCAGGAGUUUUAACAACUAUUAUGGGAAAUAUCUAUCCUGUUGAAUAUACAACGCAGAGGAAAUCGUUAUUGAAUUCUAUGAUAUUUUUGGGAAAUGUUAUUGGUAUGCUUGCAUUUGGAUAUAUGUGCGAUAAAUCGGGGAGGAAGAUGUCAUUAAUAUUAGCGAGUUUAUUUCUGGUUAUUUUUUCUAUUUUAUCAUCUGCGGCGUAUUUUAAAGGGACUAAUGAGGGGAUAAUUGGUUCUUUGAUUAUAUAUAGAUUUUUUCUUGGUAUUGGUAUUGGUGGAGAGUAUCCGGCAGGGUCUACUACGAUUAGUGAGGGAGCGCAGGAGAUGGAAGUGAAACGGAAGCAUUCUAUAUUUAUUUUUUUGACAGAUUUUAUGAUUUGUAUGGGUUUUGUUAUAGCAGCCUUUACAGCCUUUUAUUUGACACUUAUAUUUACUGAGAAACGUCAGGAGGCUAUAUGGAGAGUGUUAUUGGGUAUAGGAGCGAUCUGUCCUCUUAUAUUAUUGAUUGCUCGUUUGAAAAUGGGAGAACCAGAAGCAUAUAAAAAUUAUGCGAUAAAACAUGCAGCUAUUCCAUAUAGGCUUGUUAUUAAAAAAUAUUAUAAAAGGCUCUUUGUUAUUUCACUUGUUUGGUUUAUUUAUAACUUUACAGCUUAUUCAUUUGGGAUAUAUUUUUCUCCGCUUCUUCAAUCUAUCAGUAGGGAUAUGAGUUUGUCACAAAUAUUCGGUUGGACCACAUUUAUUUAUCUCUCUUAUGUAGUUGGGUCAUUUUUUGGUGCGUUUGCAACUGAUUAUUUUGAACCUAAGGAUGUUCUUGCCUUUGGCGUUUUUAUGCAGUUUAUUUUCGGAUUUAUAAUAGCAGGAUUAUAUUCAAAAUUAAAAGAUACUGUGGUUGCAUUUAUUAUUGUCUAUGCUUUCUUCAUGGCAUUUGGUGAAUUUGGACCAGGAGAUAAUAUUGGUAAUAUUUCUGCCAAGUCAUCGCCUACAGCUAUUCGUGGUCAAUUUUAUGGAAUUUGCGCUGCUUUUGAUGUUAAUCUUUAUACAGGAAAAGUUGGUGCAUUCUCCGGUAGCUAUGCGUUUAAUUAUAUUAUUGAGAAAUUUGGGGGACCUCAAUCAGAAAACGGAAAUAGAGGACCCUUCUUUAUUGGAAGUUCACUUGCUCUUAUUUCCGGUAUCAUCUCUUUCUUUUUCAUCCCAAAAUUAUCGCAUGAUUGUAUUCGUGAAGAAAAUGAACAUUUCAAGACUUGGCUUCAAGAGCAGGGUUAUGAUAUAACUAAAAUGGGUUUAUCUCUUCCUAACCCAAUUCCUGAUUUAAACAAAGAUAUUGCAAACUUAGAAUCUGAUACUGAAAAAGUUGACACUGAAAAAAUAGAUUAUAUUGAGAAUCCACAAAAUCUUAAUGAUUAUGAAAAAAAUAAACAAUCAUAGGAUUAAUGUUUUUUUUUAAUUAAUUCUUUUAUUUUACUAUUGUAUAUACCUAGCCCUUUUCUUUGAAUUUCGUUUUUUAAUAAAACUUUUAAAUUGAUUUAACUUCACAUCUCUAAAAAUUCUGUUUAAUAUAUUUUCUACCAAGGAAAGUGAUGCUCCAUCAAGACGAUGUGAUGCAUCCUUUGCUGAUCCAAACUUAAAACCACCGUUAAUUGAAGAUAUAUCUUUUAGAAUAUGUCGUAUGUUAUCAAUUCUUCCAGGAAGCUACUGGGCUAUCUAUUUUAUCUUUAGAAAAACACAGAUAAGACGUAUACGACAUGUGCAUAUUGAAUGCUCAUGGGAAAUUUGGAUGACUAGUAUCUGGUUUAUAGUUUGUGCGUUUCUAUCUUAUAAAUUAACAAGUGGGUUAUUGUUGAGAUG